AUGCUCCCUCAUGCCAAAUUUUGGAAAAGUGACAGCGAUCGCCGCAAGGUCUUACCCGCGCCAACCAACAUAGUCCCAUUCGCUGGUCGCAUUGGUGCCAAUCAAGAGUUCUCCCUGGAUCAGAACAAUUGCACACAGAUUGAAUUAUUACAGAAGUUCCCUGAUGCAGCUCCUUGGAUUCCGUGGCGAGAUGCCCUGUCUCUCCGGCAUUUCUUCCAGCCGGAGCUCUGGAAGGCCGCGACUAUCGAAGCAGUGGGCACUUUCUUGCUGGUGUACCUGACCUGCUUCAUUGGUGUGGGGUUAGGAAAGGCAGUGAAUGCCUUCGCGACUGGUGCACUGGUACCUAGUCUCCUCGGUGGAUUGACGGCAGUCCUAGUCCUGCCAUUGCUGAUCUUCGCCACUGGUCCUGUAUCUGGUGCUCAUCUUAAUCCUACUAUCACUAUCGCUACAUUUUUCGCACGCUUGGCCACGUUACCAAGAUGCAUCCUAUAUGUCGCGUUUCAGAUACUCGGGGGCACAUUGGCAGGUUUGUUACUGAGAGCAAGCUUUGAUACACGAUCCUUUAUCGUACCCGGUUGUCACAUGGAUUCUACCAUAGUCUCGUCUGGAAACGCAUUCGCGAUAGAAUUCACCACUUGCUUCGCUCUGAUAUUUACCGCAUUCGGCGUCGGAUUGGAUCCUCGACAGCGCGAUGUGUUCGGUCCCGCCUUGGGCCCUAUCUUUGUCGGUCUAACUUUGGCAACGUGCACUUUUGUGAGCGGCUUUAGUCGCGAGGGAUAUACCGGAUUCUCUGGUAACCCUGCUCGAUGCUUUGGAGCAAUGGUUGGCUCCCACUUUGCAUCUUAUCACUGGGUACAAUGGGUGGCGCCUAUUUGUGCUGGUCUCGCCCACGGAGUGCUGUACUAUCUGAUUCCACCCUACUCUCGGGGGAGAAGCUCAACCACCAGCGACACUACGUCUUGA